AGCACCCCACACAAUGGCCACCACCACCACCACUUCCCUCACUCCCUUCUCUACUCUGACUCACACACAACUCCUCUUCACGCUCUUGGCUGCACUUCUCCUCCUCACCAACCCCGUCUCCGACGUCUCGGCGGUGCCGGCUUUCCUCCCUGUUGAACCUACAGCUUCCUCCAUUCCACCCACAUUGGCCCCUGACAAGAUGCCUUUGCUCCCCUCACCAGGAGGCAAUGCCGGGGCGGCGCCGGCCGGCGCGUUGCCGACCGUUCCAUCGAGCCCGAGCCCGCCGGACCCCGACAAGUUGCAGCCCAAUUCUGCCAUCGCUCCAUCCGGUUCUGCUGCUGUGACGUCGGUGGCGAGUUCUCUGGGAAAUUUGGGUAAGCUGAGUAUGGAUUUGGUUUGUGGAUUGGUGCUCAUGUGGUGGUUAGAGUUUAUGGACAAGUGAUGCUGUGCAAGUGAGCUUGGUUGAGAUGUUUGUGAUUUCUUUUUUCUUCUUUUUUUUUUUGUGUGUGCUAGUCUUCUCAUAUUUGUGCGCUGGUUGUUCAAAAUAUUUUAGACUACGUUGUAUUUUACCUCAUUGAUUAAGGUAAUCAUGCCAUCA